AUGCCUGAAUUGGAUGAGCCACCAAAGGGCCUUCCAGAAGGUGCUGUUGAUCUUGGAGAUGAACAAUAUGCACUCACCAUCACAACCUUUCUUGGAAAUGGACAUCAACUCCCUCACAUACAAAAGUGGGCAUGGCUUCGGUUAGCAAAUGGGCAGACUGCACAUUCAUCUUGGAGAGAAAAACUCAAACUCCUUGAGAAGACAUGUAUGUCACGCAAUAUUAAGAAUGCAGAUGACUUAGAGGAGGAUGCGGAUGACAAUAAAAAUGAUAAUGAAUGGCACCUCAAGAAUGUUGUAGUCAUGCAGAUGUACUCUGUCCCUAACAAAGAACUUCUCAAGCUCUCAUCACAGGCCCUUGUAUUCUGCACAUUCCUUGAUAAUAUUCUGGCAAUUGAUGUCAAGGUUAUUGCCAUGGUCCCACAUAUGCCAAUAUUACUAUCUGGAGUUAUGGAGAGCUUAGAAAUUUCAAACCUGGGAGUACCAUAUUCUGGUUUUUAUAUUAGAGGUGGCGACGAGCCAGAGGAUGAUGACAGUGACAAUGGUGCUGAUCUUGAGUAG